CCCAGGUGAAGCGGCGACCAGGCAGAGGAAUGGCGACCAUACUCGCGGGCCGCAGGCUCCUCCUCCUGCGGCGAUGCGCGGCCGGGCGGCGGCUGCUCGGGACGGCGGCGGAGGCGUCCCCGAGACCGGGCGGGGAGGAGGCGGGGGGCGAGGCGAUCUACGUGAGGAAGCCGUCGUCCUCGUCGACGCGGGACGAGACCUCGGUGUCCAUGCCCAUGUCGUUCAUGACGGGGUCCGUGGUGGGGAAGCGGUUCUACCGCGACGCCACCGUGCGCCGCGCCGACGACGGGAACGGGUGGACGGUCAUGCUCGACUACCGCACCCUCAAGACGCCGGCGAAGCGGCCGCUCAAGCUGCACUCGCGCACGCUCGCCAUGGCCGUCGCCGCCGAGUGGGAGUACCAGGAACAAGAUGGAAUCCGGCCUUUUACAAUGCCUCUCAUGAAGCUUGCUUGUACUGCACUGGAGAGAGUUCCGUUGACACGAACAAAAAUAAUUACCAAUUUGAUGCAAAAAUUCCAUCAAGAUUUGGUAUUUUGCCGCUCACCUGCCGAUGAUGAACUUACAAAAGGAGUUUAUGAAAAACAGAAGGAGAAAAUUGACCCAAUACUGGACUGGGCCAAGACUGAGUUUGGGUUCAAGCCUGUUGUGUACACAAGUUUCUUAGGAGGGAAGCAGGAUGAGCGGCUAGCUAAGGCUGUAGAAACCGUUCUGAAAGAUGCAAAUGAUUGUGAGUUGGCGUCUAUUGAUGCUAUGGCCGCAGCAGCCCAUUCCCUGGUAAUCCCUCUUGCAAUAUUUAGAGGAAGGUUGGGAGUUGAUGAAUCCAUUGAGCUAAUCAGGCUUGAAGAAGAUCACCAGGUCGAUCGAUGGGGCUUGGUUGAAGGAGGUCAUGAUGUUGAUAUUGCGGACCUUAAAGUCCAGAUGUCAUCGGCUGUUGUGUUCCUUCAACUUUCAUGGCUGAAGUAACCUUUUGUUCAGUAAUCUGCGUAAUUGUUUUCUGCUUUUUUUUUGAGCUUGUAUCAUGAAGAGUUGUAGAAUAAUAAUUAGCCGCAGAUGGUUAAGAGAAAACAAAGUGCCGGUAUUCAACAGGUGCUGAUGCUGAACUUUUGGUUAAACAGAGCUCAGUGUGUUAUGUUAGCAAGGGUGUAUGAAAACCCAGCAUCCUUUUUUGGAUCCCAGUGGUCUCUGGUUAUGUAGGGUAAAAAUGCUAUCAAUAGCAGAAUUCUGGCUUGGUGUUAUGAGGACUGCAGCAGCAGAACUAUGUCAGCGCUGCAUCCUCGGUCGUUUCGGACCAGGCUGUGCCAAAUGGCUGCCGAUUUCUGAAUGUGCAAAACACUGUAGCACAAUUUUCCAGUUUAUAUGAGAUGAUGUAAUAAAUUAUUGA